AUGGACAAAGCACCUGAGCAAAAAGGCAGCAUCACCGACUGGGUGAAACCGGGCGACAAGUCGGGCGAAUUCAAGAGGCAGACGUCCGUGUUCAGGAACUGGAUUGAGAACAAGCCCGAUGCUGAGUUCCCUCCCGAGAAGGGAAGGUAUCACUUGUAUGUGAGCUAUGCAUGCCCAUGGGCGCAUCGCACCAUGAUUGUGCGGAAGUUGAAGGGGCUGGAGGACUUUGUGGGCAUCACGAGCGUGCAUUGGCACAUGGGUCAGAAGGGAUGGAGAUUUGCUGAAAAAGGCGAGGAGGUUGCAGGGGACUUGGCAACGCCGGAUCCGAUCCACGAGGACUUUACGCACAUUCGUGACAUCUACUUCGAGCAAGAUCCCAACUACGAGGGGCGCUUUACGGUGCCUACGCUGUACGACAAGAAGGCCAGCAAGAUUGUGAGCAACGAAAGCAGCGAGAUCAUCCGCAUGUUUUACACGGCGUUUGACGACCAGCUCGAAGAGAAGUAUAAGUCGGUGGACCUGUUCCCGGCUAGACUCCAGAAAGAGAUUGAGGAGAUGAACGACUGGGUGUACAACGACAUCAACAACGGCGUGUACAAGAGUGGAUUCGCUACCACCGAAGAGGCCUACACCAAAGCGGUAACCACCCUCUUCUCCUCCCUCGACCGUGUCGAAGAAGGCCUCUCCAAAUCUUCGACCCCGUUCCUCCUCUCCUCCCCCACCAUCACCGAAGCAGACGUGCGGCUCUACACGACGAUUGUCCGCUUCGACCCCGUCUACGUGCAGCACUUCAAGUGCAACAUCCGCGACAUUCGCAGCGGAUACCCGCACCUGCACAAGUGGCUGCGGAACCUGUACUGGGACCACUCGGCGUUUGGGGAGACGACGCAGUUUGAGCACAUCAAGAAGCACUACACCAAGAGCCACUCACAGAUCAACCAGUUUGCGAUUACGCCUGUGGGACCGCUGCCGGAUAUCUUGGCGAAGGACGAGGACGUUCCUGCUGUCAAGUUUGCGUCGAAGGCGUAG